AUGCUGUCGGAAGAUACUCCGUUCAGCAACCUGUCUGACUACAAGAUUCUCUGGAACGACUGGCCCUACGGUAUCGAUAUAGACAUAACGUAUCUAGUUGUCUGGACCAAAUUUGAGAUGGGCUCCCCCUCUGAGGACAUAUCGUCAUCUGUCCGCGCUGACAUCGAGAAAAGAAGGAUCAUCUGGUUCAAGAACUGGGCGAGUCUAAAGUCGGUUGAUGGUAUUGAGCAUUUUUAUGUAAUGCUUUAUGAGGCAACUAAGGAUUUCAUUGACCGGUUUACUCAGGGUGACUGCGCCCUAGCUGAGAAAUUACAAGGCCACGGUACUAUAGUAUCAGAUGUAUCUUGA